AUGCAUGCGACCGUGUCGGAUAAAGUGAUCCUGGCCACAGCAGUCAUCAAAAUAAAGACGAAUUCAGGCGAUUUCGUCUUAGCCCGAGCUUUGCUGGACUCUGGGUCACAAAUUAAUUUUGUGACUGAGGAACUAGCUCAGCGGCUGCAUUUGCGUAGAGAAGACUCGUGUAUCAGCUUGCUUGGCAUUGGUGAAUCCAAUUCUCAAGUUAAGAAAAAGAUACACACUGUGGUGAAGUCGCGAGUUGGCUGCAAUGAAUACGCGAUCGAUUUAUGGAUCCUCAAAUCGAUCUCAGGUUAUCAGCCAGAUCACACUGUAAAUGUCAGUGGCUGGAAGAUACCUGACAAUAUUCAGCUAGCGGAUCCCUAUUUCUUCAAACCGCAGAAAAUUGAUCUUCUUAUCGGCGCUGAAACAUUCUUUGAUCUAUUGUCCGUUGGCCAAAUCAAGCAAGGUCCAGAGUGUCCAAUCCUCCAAAAGACAAGCCUUGGGUGGAUUGUCUCGGGGCGGUACACUCCUGGUGAAAAAUCUCACCAGAAGAUGACUGUCAAUCUGAGCUAUCAGGAAGAAAGUUUGAGCUCGAUUGACAAGACCUUGCUGAAGUUUUGGACUGUCGAAGAUGUGCGCUCUCCCUCCAAAGUCCUUUCCGCUGAACAACAAGGUUGUGAAGAUCAUUUCACAAAUAAUGUGAAAAGAUUGCCGUCUGGUCGUUUCGAAGUAAGACUGCCGUUUAAAUCAGAUCCGCACCAGCUUGGGUGCUCAUUUGAAGUUGCUAAACGGCGGUUUUUGUCGCUUGAAAAACGCUUAACUCGAGAUCCCGAGUUAAAGCGAAUGUACUUGGAAUUUAUGGAAGAAUAUGUAGAGAUGGGCCACAUGUCCGAACACUUCGACAAAGCUGAGGGUCGUAUUUGA